CGUUAACUUCCGGUUUGAUUUUUACGUUUCUCCAGAAGUUAAAGUUUUUAAAACAGCGAAGCAUAAAGAUUAGAUGCGGGUUUGUGCUUCAUUGUAGCUUGCACAAAGGAGCUUGGGAUAGCCAAUUUUGAAGAAACUUUUUGUGAAGAUCACAUCAGAAGUUCAAUGAGGCUUCGAUACAGAAGACAAGCAAUUGUGAAGUUGGGUAUUGUGGUGGUCACACUGAUUAUUGUGGUUCCUCUGAUAGUACACCACUUUGAUCGUCCAGCAGAUGAAGAAGAUCCAGAAGUUGUCAAGAAAAAACUCAGGGUUGCUAGAUACCAAGAAAAGAAGCGACAACAGAAGAACUUACAGAAUGUCAUGGAGAAACCUGCGCUGGCUGAAGGGGGAGGAGGGGCUGUGGAAAUGGCGAUAGCUGAACCGACCCAUGGACCAGAAGCCGUCCUCAAAACAGGUGUCCUAGGAAACUUUGAGCCAAAUUACCCAAGCAGAAGUGGACCAGGUGAAAAUGGCCAACCAGUGCACACAGGUAUGGAGGAGAGAUCAAGGGCAGACAAGUCUAUUAGAGAGUUUGGUUUCAACAUGGUUAACAGUGACAAAAUUUCCAUGAACAGAACCAUCCAGGACACCAGGCUGGAUGAAUGUAAGUACUGGCACUACCCUGAGGACCUGCCCACUGCCAGUGUCAUCCUGGUCUUCCACAAUGAAGGAUGGUCUACCCUGAUGAGGACGGUACACAGUGUCAUUGAGAUGUCCCCUAAACAGUUCCUGCAUGAGAUUGUCAUGGUGGACGAUUUCAGUGACAAAGAACACUUGAAAGGAAGACUGGAUGAAUACAUUAAACAGUUCAAUGGUUUAGUGAAACUGUACAGAAACAAGGAGCGCCUUGGGCUGAUAGGUACCAGAACAAGGGGUGCUGAAUUAGCAACAGGCGAUGUGAUAGUAUUUUUGGAUGCCCAUUGUGAAUGUAACCGUAAUUGGCUGGUUCCCUUGUUAGCCAGAAUUCGCUAUGACAGGACCAUCAUGGCUGUACCUACCAUUGAUGGAAUAGACUGGGAUAAUUUCCGUUAUCACCCAGUGUAUGGCGCCCAGCAUCAUCGAGGGAUUUUUGAGUGGGGAUUUUUAUACAAAGAGAGUGUCGUCCCAGACAGAGAGCUUAAGAGGCGAAAACACCACAGUGAACCUUACAAAUCUCCUACCCAUGCUGGGGGACUCUUUGCUAUGGACAGAAAAUACUUCUUUGAGCUUGGAGCUUAUGAUCCAGGAUUAAAAAUCUGGGGUGGAGAAAAUUUUGAGUUAUCCUUCAAGAUCUGGCAGUGCGGUGGCAGUAUUGAGUGGGUGCCUUGCUCACGAGUUGGUCAUGUUUACAGGAAUCAUAUGCCUUAUGGAUUCGGCAAAAUUGAUGUCAAAAUUCCCGUCAUCAGUCUGAAUUACAUGCGAGUGGUGGAGGUUUGGUUGGACAGAGAACACCGUGAGUACUUCUACACCCGGGAGCCCAGCGUGAGGGGGUACCCUGUGGGGGACAUCAGUAAACAAAUACAGUUCAAGGAGGAACACAAGUGUAAAGACUUCAAGUGGUUCAUGGAGAAUGUUGCCUAUGAGGUGUAUGAAAGGUUUCCCAAACUGCCACCCAAUAAAGCAUGGGGGGAGGUCAAACUAAAGAAAGGUACUUCCUGCAUGGACACCAUGGGACAGGCUGUGGGGGGAGGGGCAAUAGGACUCAGCUACUGUCACCACUUUGGAGGGAGUCAGCUUUUCAGAAUCAAUACAAAGGGACAGAUAGGAGUUGGGGAGAGAUGUAUCGAGUCUCCCAAUGGGAACACCCUCCAUGUGGCGUACUGUGAUGUCCAGCCAGUGGGCCCCUGGGACUAUGACGAGGGUAGUGGAGUCAUUAAGAAUACCCACCACAACAAGUGCCUAGAUGGAACUAACGGGAAACUCACACUGAUGCCCUGCAACGGUGGAGACACUCAGAGCUGGGCGGUCACGGAAACCUACUCCUGGAAGCACUAGCUGGUGUGACAGAAAACACUGCUCUUACAGAAAACAAGCAAGAUAAAUAUAUACGCAUGGCUUAAGCUUGAUGUUAAUUCCCCUGAGCAGAGGAGUAUCAAUCAACUGGAUUUGUGAAUGGUAAAUUGAGUCCAGCGUAUCAGCUGAGAAUUGACUUGUUGGGUUUAUGUGAUACAUUAUGUGGUUAGAUUCUAUAUUAUAGGCCUAUAAUCUGAUAUCAUUAGAAUUAUUGUUAUUCAUUAUUUUUCAUAUGUAAAAAUAGUCUCAAAGUUAUAUUGUGCAAGUCUAGGAAGUCAUAUCAAUUUUUUUCUCUUGCAUUUAUUUAUGAAUGGGAUGUUUAAGACAGAUCUGAGAUGAUCAUAUAAAAUUCAUUUUUUCUUGCCAUAUUCAUAAGUGUACCCAAAACAUUUGACUCAAACAUGCAACAAAAGUUAUUCAUCAUGAAGUGACUUUUAGAAACUUUAUAACGUUAUUAACAUAUUACAUUUACCAAAUGAAUAUAAAUAUAUGUGUACAUAUAUUUUGGUUUGGUGCUUUUAAAGUUUUCUCACAAGAAAAGGUAAUUUUUGGUGAUUAGUUUAAAAAAAUGUUUUUUAAAUUAUUAUAAUUAAAUGGAGUAAAUGGUGGUUUGAUUUUACACAAAUUUCAAUUUGACAGUUUUUUUCCUCAUAUUUGACUGAGUAAAACAUUGGAGAGAAGGGUAAAGGAGUCAGAAGCGAAAUAUUUUACAAAACAUAUAGCAAUAAAGUACUUUAAGAUAUUUUGAGAUCCUCAAAAGGUACCAGUAAGUAGCCAGAUUGUGAGAAAUAUUCAAAAUAUUUCAAUUAACAAAAUUAAUGUACAUGUACAAAGAACUUUAACUGUAUAUAAUACAUUCUUAUAGACUGCAUGCUUACCCUAGUAUUUAAAGUAAAUUGUAAACUUUUACCUGAUUGAAUUGGUAAAAAUGAUUCACACAGCUGAGAAAUCAUUUCUUUUUAAAGCAAUAUGAGCUGUAUUUCUUAGAAUUUAAUUUUGCUGCAAAACCCUGCUAGUAUGCUAAGUUUGCAUGUAACUUAAACUUUUAUGAUAAAUAAGAUUUUAAAAAAUCAUUUAUUUUUGUCAGAAGAAAGUUCUCUCUUCUAAGGAAUAUAUAGAAGUUCAAUUUUUGUACAGGACGACAAUAAUUCAAGUUUGCUUCAAUUAAGGCUCCUUAACAGCUUUUCCAACAAAAAUAUGGCUAGCAUAAAUAAAUAAUGAUAUUUUUUAUCAUUUUAGUAGAAAAUAAUAUUUUUGUGAAAAAAAAAUCAGCAUGAAAAUUGCAGCUCAUAUUGCUUUAUUAAACCCCUUCAUUCCCAACAUUUUUUAAAUUUUUGGUUGUAAUCUAAUGUUUUUACAGCCCUGUCUCUCAUAGAAUCCCUCUAGUCAGUCCACAUUCUGGACAAUGUACUGUAGUGAGCAAGAGCAAGCCUCAGACUCUGUUGAUCAGCAUUAAGAGAAAACAUUCCAUUUCAUUACAAUUUUGUCAAUAUUAAUGAAAGAGUCUUUCAAUUAAGCUGCGGAAAUCUUACUGUAGAUAUAUCCACGGAGAGAACAGUGUACAAAUCAAGACUUGUAAAAAUAUGUGUACUUAAACAUGAUGAAGAUUAGGUGGAUGUUGUAUCUACUUAUACAUGAAUGGUUCCAAGGGGUCUUGCUUAUUUUGUAAUUUUAAGAGUGAUGAAAAAUUAUCCACAUGUUACCAGAAGUACCAUAAUUCCAAAAUUUGUGAAAAAUCAAAAUCUGUCAGUUUAUUAUACUACACUUAAAAAUAAAAAUAAAAUCAUAUUUGUAAAUAUACAUACUGUAUCCUCGUAGGUAUCUGUAUUGGAAAUUAUUAGGAUAAUUAUUGUUUCCUCAAAUGAUAAUUUGGGUUCUAAUCUGUAUCAAUGGUUUCAUUUUAAUCUACAUUUUUUGUUGUUGCUUUAUACACCUUAUUAAAGUUAAUAUGUGGGUACAGUGCAUUAUGACCGGCACACCUCAAAACAUACUUAUUGAUAGAUGUAUCAUUCCAUUUGUUACUCUGAUGUUUUCAUGUGGUGUUGGUUAGUGUGUACAUUGCUAUAUUUUAUCACCCCAGUCCAGAAUACAGGUUAGGAUUGCAUCAUCAAUAAAUAUUAUUACUCAGAAAAAUUUGUUUCAAAAACAGUAUUUUUGCUCACUGAAGAUUAUACAUGUACAUGCACUUGAAUUAAUUAUGGUCAUUUUUUCUAUUCAAUUAUUUAUUACAAUUGAUUAUUUAAUUUCUAAGUAAGCUUAAAUUUAUAUACGUGUUUAAUUGUGUUUUGUCUGAAUUUUGUGAGAUUUUGCCACUGCUAACAUGCAUGAAAUUUGUAUUUAAAUGUGUAUUUAUAUAUUUGUACCAUGACAUCACACAAAUAGAUAUUUCUAUUUACCAAUACAAGAACUGCUUUACAAUCAUUUGUUGAAUCUGUUAUUCCUUUCUUGUUAUGUUGCUACUUAUUACACCAGUUAUAGAGAUCUUUCAUGUAUAUAUAUGUUUGUUUGCUUUAAAUUAUAAAAAAAAAAUUAUUUGAAAUUCUGUUGUAAACUUAUUCAAAUUUGAUUGCAUCUAGAUGAAAUAGUUUACCAUAUACACCUAGAUAUGUAAGUGAAAAAUUCUGUAAUUACUUUUGUUUAUAUUAAAUGGUCAGUGACUGGG